AUGGCUCUGCGACCCUCAAGUGAGGCCGGGCCCCAGGACAGGGUGUGCUACCCGCCGCAGAGUUUCCAGAGUAGCUCCCAGCACCUGACCGCCUAUUACACACCUUUCCUGAACUAUGAUCACUACGGAAACGCCCUUGCCACUGCCGAGGAAGGCUAUCGAUCUCUCCGGCAGCUGGAGUCCGCAGUGUCAGGGUCCCAGGCCAUGCUCCCCUUUGCCUUCGGGACUGCAGCUCCUUUGCUCAGCCCCAGUCUGGCCCUACAGACGGAGGCACUCUAUGAACUGCCCAGGUACAGCAAGUUGCCACCGUGGUACCCAAUUCCCCAUCAUCCCAGGGAGAUGCCACACUUCCUGAACAGCCAGUAUACAGGAGCCAGCAGUGAUGAUUUCGGCCACAUUGGUGGCCAGAGCAACAGUGACCAAGGAUACGGACCUGAAACUUUAAUCCUGAAGCCCUCUGUGGAUGCUUCAGUGCCACCUGAAGGUCUGAAGACCUCCCAGUUUUCUUGCGCCCCCAGCAAGCGAUCUGAGGAUGGUCCAAAAGUCCUGAAGGUAGAAAGGAAGUCACCUCAUCAAUACCACUUCACGGAGGAGGACCUGCAGUUAGUUCUGUAUGGGGCCAUUCCUAGCUUGGAGCAUCCAGUCCGCCUGCACCAUGCUAUGUCUGGCUUUCUGGUCCCCCCUGGCAGCUCUGAUAAACCAAUAUCCAGUUCUCUUCCUCAAAGUCUGGAUAAAGACUCACUUCAACUGCCAGAAGGUCUCUGUCUUUUGCGGACAGUGUUUGGUGGAGUCCCACAUUUUGGUGUAUUCUGUAGUAACCUCAUUGCUAAAGGAGUUAGGUUUGGGCCCUUUGAAGGUAAAGUGAUCCAGGCCAGUGAAGUUAAGACCUAUGGAGACAAUUCCCUGAUGUGGGAGAUCUUUGAAGAUGGUCAUUUGAGUCACUUUGUAGAUGGGAAAGGAGGUGCAGGGAACUGGAUGUCCUACGUCAACUGUGCCCGCUUCCCCAAGGAACAGAACCUAGUUGCUGUGCAAUGCAAAGGGCAGAUCUUUUACGAAAGCUGCAAGGAGAUCUGCCAGAACCAAGAGCUUCUGGUGUGGUAUGGAGACUGCUAUGAGAAGUUUUUGGACAUUCCUGUCAGCCUGCAGGUCACAGACCAGGGCAAGCAACUAUCUGGGCCCUCUGAAGAGUCUACAGAAGGUUACAAAUGUGAAAGAUGUGGGAAGGUGUUUACCUACAGAUAUUACAGAGAUAAGCACCUGAAGUACACUUCCUGUGUGGACAAGGGUGAUAGGAAGUUUCCCUGUUCUCUCUGCAAACGGUCCUUUGAGAAGCGAGAUCGGCUCCGCAUCCACAUCCUUCAUGUACAUGAGAAGCACCGGCCGCAUAAGUGUUCUACAUGUGGGAAGUGUUUCUCUCAGUCCUCCAGCCUAAACAAACACAUGAGGAUCCACUCUGGAGACAGGCCGUACCAGUGUGUAUAUUGUACAAAGAAAUUCACUGCCUCCAGCAUCCUACGAACACAUAUUAGGCAGCACUCUGGGGAGAAGCCCUUCAAGUGCAAGUACUGCGGGAAAUCGUUUGCAUCCCAUGCUGCCCAUGACAGUCAUGUGAGACGCUCACACAAGGAUGACGAUGGCAGCUCUGUAGCUAUGGAAGAGCCUGAAAUCAAGACGCUUCCUUCUCCUACAUGA